UUCCGAAAUUCGGAAUAUUUUGUACACACUAUAAUUCAAAAAGUUAUUUAAUUCAGCUUUAAUGAUAUGUGAUAAUUUGAGGACUCAAAAAUGGUUAACAAAGAAUGGUCACGGGUUACACCAGCAUUGUCACAGCCGGUACUAAACUGCAUAAAUGAACAAGGAUUCAAAGCGAUGACUCCCAUCCAGGCGGCUGUAAUUCCUCUCGUAUUAUCCUGCAAGGAUGUCGCUGCUGAAGCGGUCACUGGCUCAGGAAAAACGCUGGCGUUUGUUGUGCCAAUGUUGGAGAUGUUGCUGAAGAAAUCAAGAGACGGCCCGCUCAGGAAAGAUUUUGUUUAUGCUGUAAUAAUAUCUCCAACGAGGGAGUUGGCUACACAGAUAUAUAAGGUAAUUGAACAGUUCCUCCAGCAACCAGAAUUGAGUCAUGUAACACUCGCACUGUUGGUGGGCGGCAGGUCUGUGGAUGCUGAUGUCGAGAGUCUCCAGAGAGGAGGUCACAUAGCAGUGUGUACACCAGGGAGGCUUGGUGACCUGUUAGCAGAGAGGAAGCAACUAAAUUUGCCAGGACGACUGAGAGAAUUGGAAUUCCUAGUUUUGGAUGAAGCCGACCGCCUCCUCGACCUCGGCUUCAGCGCGACCCUCACUACAAUCCUGCAGUAUCUACCACGGCAGCGGCGCACCGGCCUAUUCUCUGCCACUCAGACCAAAGAACUACAAGAUCUAGUCCGAGCAGGCCUCAGGAACCCAGUCGUUGUUAGUGUCAAAGAGAAGUCGACUAUAAGUACGCCAGUUCUCUUGGAAAACUAUUAUGUAAUAGUGGAACCACAAGACAAGUUUUUAUUCCUAUUGAAUUUUAUAAGGAACAGAAAACUCGUGAAAGGUAUCUUCUUUCUGCCGACUUGUGCGUGUGUAGAUUAUUGGGCAGAUGUGCUACCAGUGUUCUUGCCUGAUAUCCAAGUGUUUGCGAUACAUGGGAAGAUGAAGCAGAAGAGGAGCAAGGUGUUGGAGAAGUUCCGUGAAGCUGACAACACUAUAUUGUUGUGCACAGAUUUGUUGGCAAGGGGCCUGGACAUCCCGGAAGUAGAAUGGGUACUGCAAUGGGAGCCGCCGACGAGCCCCGCGGCGCUGGUGCACCGCGCCGGUCGCGCGGCCCGCGCCGGAGCCCCCGGGUGCUCACUGCUGCCGCUACUGCCCACCGAGGACACCUACGUGCCCUUCAUCAGGACCAACCAGAUGGUCCACCUCAAGGACUGGAGGCAGUCCAAGGAUGAGAUCAAGAUCAGCGAUAAGUUGAGACUAAAGGUGUUGAAACUUCUCCACGAGCAACAAAAGAGAGAUCGUGCCAUAUUUGACAAAGGUCAACGAGCCUUCGUAUCUCACAUGCGGGCGUACUCGAAGCACGAGUGUAAUCUCCUGCUGCAGCUCAAGGAACUCCCCCUCGGGCAUAUAGCGACCAGCUAUGGACUUCUCAAGCUGCCCGUAAUGCCGGAGAUAAAGCAGGAACAUAAGGAUCAGUUUGUGGGACCGGCAGAAGAGAUAGAUUAUAAUAGUAUAGCAUACAAAGAUAAACAGAAGGAAAUGAGCAGGCUACAGAAGUUGCAAGAGUAUAAGAAGACUGGUGUGUGGCCAUCGAAGAAGAAGAAAAAGAUGGUAAAAACACAACCCUGGGAACAAGCAAAACAGAACAAAGAGGACAAGAAACAGCGCAGAAAAAAGAGGAAAGAACUGAAACAGAAGGAGAGUGCAGAAGGGAAGAAAGGUAAGAAGAGGAAAGCGGUCACUCAAGAAGAAUUAGACGAGCUGGCGGCUGAUGUAGCCUUGAUUAAGAAAUUGAAAAAGAGAAAAAUUACGAAAGAACAAUUCGACCAGGCGUUUGAAGUUGAUAAAUAA